CAUUUAGUAGAAAAUGUAUGUCUAUGAUUGGAGCAACCACAAAGCCGUUCCAAUUUAAAUUUUUAUUGCAACAGUCAUUAUCUGCUCAACAGUCGGUCGCUUUCGAACAGAUUCUUUGUGUAUAAUUUAGAGUAUUUCUUUCUUUAUUCGUUAUUAGUGUAUAAUUUUUACACAGUUUAAAAUGUCGUCUAAUGCAGAAAAUGAUAAGAAAUCCAUUCCCGAUAUUAUUAUCGACAAAACCAGGAACUGCAGCUAUCAAAGAUUACGGUUCUUUGGUAAAGGAGGUUUUGCAAAAUGCUACGAGAUCCAGCAUACUGGUACAAAAGAAGUGUUUGCAGGCAAGAUAGUGCCCAAGUCCAUGAUGACAAAGUCCAGUCACAAAGAGAAGAUGGCUCAGGAGAUAUCCAUCCACCGCUCACUGUCUCACAACCAUGUUGUAGGCUUCCACAGCUUCUUUGAAGAUGUUUCUAACAUUUACAUAGUCCUAGAGCUGUGUAAAAGGCGGUCUAUGAUGGAGCUCCACAAGCGGCGAAAAGCGAUCACGGAGCCAGAGACCCGGUUCUUCAUGCACCAGAUACUUGAGGGCGUGCGAUACCUGCACAACAACCGCAUUAUCCACCGUGACCUCAAGCUGGGGAACCUGUUCCUCAAUGACGAACUGCACGUCAAGAUUGGCGACUUUGGACUCGCUGCUAGAAUUGAAUUUGAAGGAGAGAGAAAGCAGACUGUUUGUGGAACACCUAACUACAUUGCACCAGAGAUACUGACUAGGAAAGGUCACUCUCUGGAAGUGGACAUUUGGAGCUUGGGUUGUAUCAUGUACACGUUACUCGCCGGGAAACCCCCCUUCGAGACCUCCUCUCUGAAGGAUACAUACAAGAGAAUAAAGGAGUGUGAAUACAGAAUCCCGUCAUCGCUGCGCAAGCCCGCGGUGGAGAUGAUCGUGAUGCAGCUGCAGGAGGACCCGCUGAAGCGCCCAUCCGUGGACAAGCUGCUGCAGCAUCAGUUCUUCACGUCGGGCAUCAUGCCCGCCGCGCUGCCGCUGUCCUGCCUCACCACCGCGCCGCGCACAGACCAGCUCGAAAAACUCGCGCUUCAGCGCCGUCCGCUACAUCAAAUCAAUUCUAAUGAUGAUGGACGUUGCGAUGAAAAGUUUUCGGUGCCCAAUGGACUUACGGAGUCUCAGUCAAACCGACAGCACCUGUUGUCUCUACGACAACAGCUCGUCAAAUUGCUCUGUAGUAAGCGUAAGAACCGGCUACAAGUGCUGACGGACGAGCUGAGCGACCCGGCCGCGCAGCCGCUCGUGUGGAUCAGCAAGUGGGUGGACUACAGCGACAAGUACGGCUUCGGCUACCAGCUGUGCGACGAGUCCGUCGGCGUCAUGUUCAACGACACCAGCAAGAUCGUCAUGCUAGCCAACGGAGUGAAUGUACACUUCAUCACUCGCGAGGGUCAAGAAAUUUAUUUAACUAUGGAUGAUUACCCGCCUGAACUCGUUAAGAAAAUGAAGCUUCUAAGUUACUUCAGGAGAUACAUGAGUGAUUACCUCAUGAAAACGGGCGCGUCGGCGGUGGUGCGCGAGAGCGACGGGCUGUCGCGGCUGCCGCACCUGCACCAGUGGUUCCGCUCCACGCUGGCCGUCAUCAUGUACCUUACCAACGGCGCUCUGCAGAUAAACUUCCAAGACCACACGAAGAUAAUACUGUGCCCGCUGAUGCAAGCCGUGACGUACAUAGACGUAGAGAAGAACUUCCGAACAUUCCGCUUCAGCACUAUCGAGAAGUACGGGUGCGACGAGAAGCUGUUCAAUAACCUCGAGUAUGCUCUAGAGAAAUUAAACUCGGUGCUCGGCAUGCCGGCCGUCACCCCGAUGAUGUCGUGCAGUUAGACGAGUUCGCCGGCGCCCACCUCGCCGUGGGUAGGGUAGCUAGCGCUACACUGCAAUGUUGACCGUCACUGACGGGCGGGCCUUUUCUACUUGGGAACAAUAUGAGCCAUAUCCGCAACAUGAUUAGUAAUACCUGUGUUAAAUGGCUUUCGAACCAUUCUUUUAUGAUAUUGUUUUUAACCACUUGAAAUAUUUUCUCAUAUAAUCAAUUUCACUACCAACAAUCUUUCUUUGAUUAGUUUUCUUAUGAUUGUUGCAUAGUAUUUGUUAGUUAUUUUUGUUAGUUCGCUUUCUAUAUGGCAAGUUCUUUGGAAAUAAUUAGCCUCAUGCAUGAAGUUUAUAUUUGAACGAAAUAUUUUUUAUUCAGAUGUUUGUUACCGUUAUAUCAUGUUAAAAAUGCUUUCCGUUAUUAAAUUAUCAUUUAAUUACUUAAAAUUAUAAAUAAAAAGUACAAAAAUUUGCCCGCAAAAAGCUAGUGAGCGAAACGCGCGAAACGCCACGUGACGUCACGCGUUCGACAGAUUAGUUAACAUAAGUGUCAGUAGUAGCAAACGUCAGUUGGACCGCCCAACGUGUGACGUCAUCACGCUCUGUCGAAUUCGCGCCAAAAAUUAUGAGCGUUUCAACCGCACAAAAUUUUUCAACAUUUUAAAUAUUUUUUAAUAAAAUAAUGUAAAGGUUUACAAAAGUAUUUUUAUCAUUUCCGAUGUUCGAACGAUAUAAAUUAUGAUUACAAAAAUAAAAAUAAAUUCAUGCAUGGAGCUAAUUGCGGUCUUGUUUUGUGCCCAGUAUUUAUGUUAUAUUUAGGCGAUGUUGAUUAAGGGUCGGUUGCACCAAACUGUUUGUCAGCGUUAAAGAGUUCGCUAAAUUUUAUUGUAUGGAAAGUUUCAUAGUAAACCGCCGCGGCGCGCCGGCAGACGUUAAUCAGUCUGUCAAGUGCAGAUGGUGCAACUGGCACUAAGUAUUGAACGAAAUAAAAUAGGUUUGUAGCUGUGAAAAACCAUUGUCUAAAAAGCCCUGGUGUUUGUAACUGGCUGGCUGGCUUUCGAUGUAUCGACGCUGAAAUGUACACGUUAUAAUGAAAAUUAAAUGUCCUCCUAGGACAGUACCUUUUACCUAUACCCAACGCGUUCUCUCUCAUGCACGUACACAAUUAUAUAAUCUCCUUGAGAUUACAUCUGGUUUUCAAAAUUACCCUUUUCGCAUAAAUGUCCUUUUUAGGGUUCCGUAGCCAAAUGGCAAAAAACGGAACCCUCAUGGAUUCGUCAUGUCUGUCUGUCCGUCCGUAUGUCACAGCCACUUUUUUCCGAAACUAUUAGAACUAUACUGUUGAAACUUGGUAAGUAGAUGUAUUCUGUGAACCGCAUUAAGAUUUUCACACAAAAAUAAUAAAUAAACAAUAAAUUUUGGGGGUUCCCCGUACUUAGAACUGACUCAAAAAAAAUUUUUUCAUCAAACUAAUCAUUUUUUUCUAAACUGAAUGAUAAAACUGAAAAAAUAUAUGAUGUACAUAUAAAUAUACCAUGCAAACUUCCACCGAAAAUUGGUUUGAACGAGAUCUGAUAAAUAGUUUUUUUUUAAUACAACUGAAACUCAAAAAAAAAUUUUUUUCAUCAAACCCAUACGUGUGGGGUAUCUAUGGAUAGGUCUUCAAAAAUGAUAUUGAGGUUUCUAAUAUCAUUUUUUUUCUAAACUGAAUAGUUUGCGCGAGAGACACUUCCAA